UUUUGGGUCGCGGAGAUUGGGAUUUUUUCUAUCUCUGCGACAACUGUCGUUUGAGUCUUUCGGGUCUUUUGGGUUGUUGGCAGGUAUGUUUCCACCAAGUCUUUUCAGUCGUUUGGGUAUUUUCCAACGACCCAAACGACCCAAACGACCAAGUGGGAACCAGGCUUUACCCUCUAGCAAUUAAUGAAAAAUUACGAACAAUCCCGUCUCAAAAGCUUUGAAAAAAUCAAGUAGCAGCCUAGACCUUCCGCACAGAUGCACCCAUAAAAAUACAUAAAUGGAAAAAGGAGAAGAGGUGUACAACUUUAAUCACUUUUGCUAACUUUAUUUUGCGCAUUGGAAGACAGGUAUCAGAUAAUAUAUGCAACCUUUUGUAACUGAACCGAAAUGAAUUCGAAAUUGAACGUAGCUGGUGGUGGUUGGGAGGCGAUACGGGGGUUAGACGAAAUCGUUAGCAGCAGGAUAAAGAAUCGCUAUGAACAACAGUUGAUACUAUGCCACCAGGAAUAUAGUCGUAAGAUUUUAAAUCCACUGAACCCCCCGUCGCUACAUCGCUGCAUGCUACAAAAUAAGACAUCCCGACUAGAUCAACCAGGUAAAGAAAAACGACAAAUUCAGUCGGCAUCCUUAUAAAGGAAUUAAUUUCAUCUUUGAGUAAUACCAGCUCAUUUAAGUGCAAAAUGCUUAUUGAAUCGAAAAAAAUAAUUUCAGUAUUCGGAUUAAGGCAUUCAUUGCUUCAAAACUGGCGCCCCACAGCGAGCGCCUACUCUUGUCCGAAUAUCAAUUCAUGGUAACAUUAGAAUUCAGAGAAACCCCAAUUUUUCCUGUUACUAUGAAUGAUUAUUUACAAUCAAUCGGAUAAGUACCAACAGGUUUUGAAACGAAGUGCACUGCGAAUAGGUGUGAGCUCAAGUAAUGCAAGACACGAGAAUUCUGAUUUACUGGCUUUGCAGAAGUAUGAGAACUGGCUGAUGCUCCUUGCUCUUUUCCCACCUAUAUUGGAGAAAAUAUAAAUAUUUCGAAUGCUUGACCAUGCUGCAAUUUAAAGCUGUUUGUUUACAAGCAGCUUUUCUUGGCCUUGUAUUGUAUAGCAGUAUAGUUGUAAUAACAGCUACAGGCAAGAUAUUCCGAUCAUCAUGCAGGCGCGACGUUCUUAUGAACGCAACCGCACGUGACAAAAAGCUAACAGGCACUCUGCAGAAUAUCAUAGCAAAUAUACAUGUUGCAAGAUCAUCAUUGUGUGUAAAGAAGUGCAUAGAGGCAAGCAAGUGCAUGACAAUCAAUUAUAAGAAGUACAGUCAGCAGCAGGAGAAGAACUGCGAGCUGUUGGAUAUUUCAAGAGGAAAUAACAGCGUUGCACUGACACCUGAUGUUGGCUGGAUAUAUUUUGAGCCAGUGUCGCAGGUCUCUGCACGGUGUCAGCAAGUGGUAUGCAAUUCAGGUUUUAAAUGCAUGGCAACGUGCUCAAACAAAGUUGGCUAUGAAUGCAUAGAUAUAAAUGAAUGUGCAAGCAAUCCAUGUCAAAAUAACGGAACAUGCGCUGAUAAAGUCAACGAGUUCUCCUGCACAUGUACUGCAGGAUAUGAAGGUUCACAGUGCCAAACAAAUAUCAAUGAAUGUGCAAGCAGUCCAUGUCAAAAUGGCGGCACGUGUGUUGAUGGAGUCAACCAGUACUCUUGCACUUGCGCAGCAGGAUAUGAAGGAACACUGUGCCAGACAAAUAUAAAUGAAUGUGGAAGCAGUCCAUGUCAAAAUGGCGGCACAUGUGUCGAUGGAGUCAAUAAGUACACUUGCACGUGUCCAGCAGGAUAUGGAGGAGCACUGUGUCAGACAAAUAUAAAUGAAUGUGAAAGCAGUCCAUGUCAAAAUGGUGGAACAUGUGUUGAUGGAGUCAACAAAUACACUUGCACUUGCACAACAGGAUACGGAGGAACCCAGUGUCAAUCAACAAUUGGAAGCAGCUGCAGGGCAUUGUACCUUCAAGGAUACACAGCUGAUGGUGUUUACUUGUUACAAGGUGCUUCUGGUUCAACAUUUAAUGCGUACUGUCAUAUGACUGACGGUGGUUGGACGCUGAUAGCAAGGUUCUCGAACGCAGAUACAAAGAACUGGAUGCAAAGUAGUGGCUCAUUUUGGUACGACCAAGGAGAAUUUGGAUCAACAACAUCACCAUCGACGAAUGCUGACAUGAUAAAUAGGGCAUUUUUCGAAAUUGCUGGAAACGAUAUCAAACUGUCGCGGAGUGAUGUCUCUGCCCAUUCUUUCCUGCUAUACGCCGGGGGAUGUUUCUCUUCAGUGACCUUUCGUGGCACGAUAACGUCAUAUGGCAAUUUCAGGAACAAUGUGCGAUGGCUUCCUACCAAUGAUGGCUGUAAAGGAAGCUGCACAAUUCAUAGCUAUGGAAGCGUGUCUGGAGUUGGCGGAUUUUCACAGUACAGUUGCAGUGGUGACCUCAAACCAAGCAAUACAUUAGGCUUUUGGUGUCAUUAUAGCAGCGGUGAUGGAGCAGUGAUUAUGAUUGGUGGUGGUGGCAGUGCGUGUGGACGGGCAGAUCACGGUGUUGGUGUAACAGAGGCGAAUGAUCCAAUAUUUGGAAGUCUAUCAGAGACUCAUGAUUUCGGAAAUGAUGGAGGUGGUUCGCAAACAACUGCCUAUGCCUUAAAUCUUUGGAUUCGAUGAACUAAAUCAAUUGUAGAUAAUUCAUGUUAUAGAUCGCACAAUAUGAAAAGGAACAGACCCUUCAAUUGUAUUUGGGGCUACGAUAAUGAAUUACAAGGGACCUCGCAAAAACUCCUUCAUGGAAAAUGUUAGGACGAAAGCAGACAUUUUGGAAACGCUUGAAAACAUUUAACAUGGAUAUGCUAAUAAAUUUUGUACAAAUAAAAUACUCACUAGUAAUUGAUUAACACACGUAGGGUAUUCAGAGGGCCCAUCUCCCCUUAAUAAAGAUUCCGAUUGGCAGCUCACUGAUGUGCUCUUGUUCCUAGAUGUGCUCCCCUUUGAAGUGCUGGUGUUACUGGUUUUAUAAUGAUUUUUUACAAACCAAAGGACAAGGCGCUCAUUCGUUAUACUUUCAAAUUGGUGGCGCGGGCCCUGCUCCCAAGUGAUAUCAUUGUUGUAUUUUCAACUAGAUUAGGUGGUUUGUGCAAGUAUAAAUAUAGAAUACUCUCAAAGUACAUGAAAAGCUUUGGGAGAAAAACAACAAUUGAAGAAGAAUUGUUCUUAUUUACUCUUUGCGCGCCUAGAAUCUAUUUGCGUGCCUAGAAUUUCCUCUUGGGUGCGCUUCAGUUACACUUUGCAAACGGACCACUCUUAAGCUGCGUUUACACGAUACCGGAUUGCUUUUCAUAUCGGAUCAGUUUCAGCUUUCCGAUAUGAAAGCAUACCGUUUAGACUGCGUUUGCACGAUACCGGAUUGAUAUUCAUACCGUGUUCAUCCUGUUUACACGACAACGCUCCGCUUUUCACUGUGCAGCAUUCUUCUUUUGUUUCGAUUUUUAGCGAUGUGAAAUCCUGGUGAUUUCGUUAGUCUACUGAGAAGAGGAAGGUCUCGGGAAAAAAUUAGCACUUUAGUUCAGAAUAUGAGUGCUGGCUAGUGGCAUAGAAGAAGAAAAUGUAUGCAGAGGGGGGAAGCAGAAGUCGAAUUGCAGCCUGAAUCAGUAAAUGCAUAUGCCAGUGAAUGCUUUUUCAAGGGAAGGGAUUGAAAAGAUUUAAUUUCGAAUGAUGACAAGAUGAAAUAGUUUUUGGCUAACGUUACCCGAAGGGUAAAGAUGUAGAAUCCGUUGAUGAGAACUUUCCUUGAGGUUCCGGAGUGAAAGCGUAUCGGAUUCACCUGUUUACACGAGAUGGAAUGUGGUACGGGACGUAUCGAAUCACUUUUCAUACCACUUUCACAGCGGUAUGUUCCGCAAAAGUGGUACGGGACGUACCGGAUUAAUGCGGGCUCGUGUAAACGGGACCCCUAUCCGAUAUGAAAGUAAUCCAAUUCGUGAGUAAUCCGGUAUCGUGUAAACGCAGCCUUAAAUUUACUAUUUAAACAAUACUGUUGUCCUACCUUUUACUGCACAACAUUGAUAGUAGCUGCAUGUCUGGCUAGUGAGCAAUUCAUCUGAAAGAGAUAAGAGUAUUGAUUUUGCUUUUGAUCAUUUAAAUGGAGAGUAUCACCCAAAGAGUCUUUAGAAUGCUUGAUAUGCCAAAAGGUACCUACACAAAGAGGGUCUCUUCCCUACAAAUAACAAGGGGCAUUUAUAUUAACUAGAAAUUUAUAAAGACGGACGAUUGACAUUUGAUGACAGGAAUAAAAAUUCGUUGAUUAUUGAUAUGGAUAACUGAAAAAUUCAUCCACAGAUA